GGGGCGCAGGCGCACUUGUCGCCGCGGCGGCGUCCGGGGCUGGCGUCCCCCUGGAGGCGGGGACAGAGGGUCUCACAGAUGGCCCCGCUGCCAGGGGCAGAACUGGUUCAGAAGCCACUGCAGCUCUACCGAUAUUUGCUGCGCUGUUGCCAGCAGCUGCCGACCAAGGGCAUCCAGCAGCAUUACAAGCAUGCCAUCAGGCAGAGUUUUCGGGUUCAUUCAGAUGAAGACAACCCUGAGAGAAUCCAGCAAAUUAUUAAAAGAGCCAUUGAAGAUGCUGACUGGAUCAUGAAUAAAUAUAAAAAGCAAAACUGAGAGCCCUGAGAGUGACCUUCCUAGCCUCUGGAUGUUGAGAGGCCCCUCUUCUGGAGCUCAGAAGCAACAGUGGGUUUGCAAGAUCCAUUGGCCUUGUUGGCUGAAAGAGCCAGAAAUCGGGAGGAGAAGCUGACCUCGCUUCUCCGGAGGCUCCUCUUGCCACAGCCAUGUUGCCAGCAUCCUUUAUGUUUGCACUUCCAGCCGCUCACCAUGUGAAAUAUGGGGAGAAUGUGGUAUUUUUUUGUUUAUUUUCUGUCUUUUUUAUUUUUGUGUUUUUGUUCUUUUACUUUUCUCUGAAAGUGAUCCAUUUAUUCUGGAGAUCUUUUUAUCAUUCUAUGAGUCCUAGAGCAGAUGUCCCCUCAGGGAGCAGCCUGUACAGAAGAGAGCGCAUGGGUUUUAGAACCAGACAGCUCUGGAUUUGAAUCCCAGAUUCGGUAAGACGAAGGUGAAGUGCCUCACACAGGAUGCGUGUGGCGGAGCCUGAAGGGCUCCCUCCGAGGAAGCCGUCCUGCCCCGCCCCUCCUCUGCUCCCACAGCGCCCUGCACAGCUCUGCGCCAGGCCACUCAGUGUCAGGUCUCAGUUAUUUGUUUACUAGCUUGCCCUGUCCCUGCUUGUAGCCCCGAGCUCUCACAGUUGUCACCCACCCUGCAGUCUGCCAAGGAGCUGCUCUUCCUGACCACUGUUUCUCCAUGCCCAUGGAAGUCGAAGCCCUGGGCCUUGCCUCCAGGGAGCUGACAGCAUCCUUAAGUGGUGAAGUCACACCACAUGAACCAAGGAGGGACGCCAGAGCAGCUGCGGUGAACUCAGGCCUGUCCAGGCCUCUGCGCACCUACAAUUUGUUUUGACUGCCCUUCCCUGCUUUGCCACCGUUGUGGAAGGAUAGAAGGGAGCGGGAGAGGCUGGGUGGGCUCAGGGAGAAUGGCCAGAGUGGCCAGAAGAUGCAAAGAAAUCCCAUUGGGAUUAGAGUAUUCCCCAAGGGCAUUCAGCCACAGGGAUCAACUAGUGUGUCUCUGUGUACUUGCAAUUAUGUGACUUAAAGUGACUCAGCGAUAUCUUUAUGUGUGUGGGUACUCUGCUGACAAUGAAGUAAAUAUAUCAAUUUGUGGAAGCUUGUGUGUCUUCUCAACUGAUAAGCCAUGCAUUCCCUAAGCA